UACAUUAAUACAUCAAUUUAAAGUUUUUAAACAGCCUAAAAGAGUUUACUAUUUUAAACAAGCCGCAGUAGUUUCGCUGCGAAUACCUUGUAAGCGCAUAUAUAAUUAAUAUACUUGAUCAAAAUAUGCUAAAUACGAUUGAGUAUUGGUGUACUUUGGGAAAUGUAUAAUGAUAUCGUAUAAAAACGGAAUCUGGAAACACUUCUAAAAGUUAAUGGGAAACCACCUUUGGCCAGUUUACGGGAAAUACCCUUCAUCUUGGCUUGUUUAAUUAUAAUCUUCUUCCUUAUACUUACCUAAUAUGUAUCGUCUGGCGUAAGACCUUAAGCGCUAUGUGUCUGACAGUUAAAAAUUUAUACUUUUAUUUAUAUUAUAUGGAACAACAGUUUGUAUUUGCCUUCUAAACUCUCAGAUUUGUUUAAAUUUAUCUGAAAUAUUGCUGAAUAUAAUUGCUCGUCAAAAAAAUGGCAGUUCCAAGUGAUCGUUUCUACAAUUCAGAUGAAAUUUAUUUGUCUGAGUUUGAUUUCAAUAAUCCAUUAGGGGCUGGUGGUUUUGGAGUAGUAGUUCGUGCAUUUCACAAAAAACUUGGGGUUGUAGCAAUCAAGUGUCUUGACGAUGAAUCUGCAACUAAAAAUUUUUCCCCUGAAAAAUGGAUUCAGAAGUUACCAAUGGAGAUACAGGCACUCCAGUCACUGAAUCAUUAUAACAUUGUACGCAUGCAUGGCUUAACUAUAUGGAAUAAUUAUCUGGGUGUCAUUCUGGAUUACCAUCAAGUUGGGAACUUGCACAGUUUGCUGGAUAAAACAAACCCAGCCAUGCAAGAUCCUAUUCAAAUUUCCAUGCAACUUAAAAUAAGAAUUGCAAUUGACAUCGCCAGUGCCUUGUGCUUCUUACAUGCAUUUGACAAGAAAAAGCGAAUGGUCCACGGUGAUAUGAAGCCGUCUAAUGUGUUAUUAGACAAUACAUUGCAUGCAAAACUUAUUGAUUUUGGCACAACAGUAAUUGAGGCUCACACAACAAAGAAAAAAGCAUCAACAUCUUCAAAACAAACACAUAAAAACGAAAAAGGAGCUUACACAAUUUGUUACUGUGCACCAGAAUUUUUAGAAAACCCAUUUAAAAGAAAUAAAUGUCAAGAUGUCUACAGCUAUGGAAUGAUUUUAUACCAGAUUUUGAGUGGAAAACCCCCUUUUAGUCACAUUCAAGAGGAAGAACAUAUUAGGAAUGCUGUGAAAAAUAAACAGCGACCUGAACUAGAAAGAGAGAAAUUGCUUCAACCUCGUGAUCGUGAAAUAUCUGACUGCUUGGACAAAGUUAUGAGAAGGUGUUGGGGACAUGAAGAAAAAAACAGACCUCAAAUAUUCGAUGUUAGAGAGAUACUGGAGCAAACUUUCAUGUCUGGUGAUGAUAACAUGGGGUAUGAGCUUGCCAAUGAGGCGUUGAAUAUUGUAAGAAAGCUGCAUGUUAAAUUGAUAACACCAAUGCCGACAAAAGACAGAAAACUGUCUGAAUUUAUUAAGGCGGAAAAUCCAAUAAAUGCAUCCACGUUACCACCAGCUUAUUCAUCUGUUGAAUCUCAAAGUUUAAUUGAAAGCCCAAAAAAUGACUUGAAAGUAACUGGAGGGACAACUGAACACUCUAAACCAUUCGAUGCUUAUGAAGACACUGCACCAAAGCCAUUAUACGUGAAUGCACCAAAACCUGAAGAACAAGCCGAGAAAGAGAACAAGAGUACACUAAAUAUUGAUGAGCGAAAGGAGUUGAGCAGUGAAAGAAAACCUGAUGUCCAGAGUGACCAACUAAGAAAAACAAAAGUAGAGUUUUCAGAUCCACCCCUGCAGUUCCAGGAACCUUUAUUUUCACAGCAAUACAAAACAGAACACGAAGCAUUUGGAGAUCAAGCAUACAUGGGCCAUGAAUUAACGAAGAUGUCAGGAAACUCAAAGAUAAUAAACAAAGAGUUUACAUCAAAUAUUGGUCGCUCGACAAAUCUAGACACUCAUCCCAGCACUAUGCUGCAAAGCCCAACAGCUAUACAAGCACCAGUAAGUCCCAGUUUGGAUAUAAGUGAGAGCACUAGUAUACGAACUGAUCAGUUUGGAAUGGGCAUGAACACCCAUAAUCUGUUGUUGCUUGAUGAUGCAUCUAAAAAUAUAAAUGAUGGGAAGUAUGAAGAAGCAAUUAAACUACUAAAUCAAUACAAAGUAGUGAAGGGUGAACCCUAUGAACAACUCUGUGUUACUUUCCGUGUCGUAUUGUGUCAUUCCAAACUAAUGCAUCCAGAUGCCAAUAAGUUGUUUGAGCAAGCAUUGGAGCAGAUUAAAAGAUUACCAAAGAACUCUAUGUUUGGGGAUAGGUUAUACCAGAUGGGGGAGCUGUAUAGGAGUAAAGCAAUGGAAUCCAGAGCAAUGUUUCUGUACAAAGCAGCAGUUGAUGUUUACGUUGAAGCAGCCGGCACAGUAGGUACGAGGAUUAACUUCAAAGGAAUCAUGAGUUGUUUUACGGGGAUGAAGCAAAAUGAUAAGCAAGGAACUGGAGGAACGGUGGGGAGAGACGGAAACAUUGAAUUUUUUCGCUCGAUGUUGCAAAAGGUCAACGGGGAGUUCAAAAUGCAUCGUGGACUGGCAGAGAGUUUAUCAUCAGGGUAUUACUACCUUGCAUGCUGUUACUCGGGGAGAGGAGAUUACAAAAAAGCAAGUCAUUAUAAUAAGCGUUCUGUCCAGAUAAUGAAGGAUGCAUACCCGGAUUCAUACAGAAAAUAUUACGUGGUUGGGUAUUCCAUGCAUAAUCUUGCAAAUAACCAGGACAACUUGGGAAAUUAUCAGGCAGCAUUAGAGUACUACAAAAAAGCAACAGAGUAUAUGGAUCAGGCAAUAGACUGGGAUUCUAAUGAAGAGAAAGUUAGAAAUAAAGAACACACCAAGAGGUGCAUGACACAACUUGAAGAUAAAAUGAGGGCGAUGGGUGAAAGCUAAUUUAUGGGAUACUGUAAGACAUUUGACCCACUUUAAAAGGCACAGUAAUAUGGUAUGUAGUCUUUUUUCAAAGUUUCGUUCACAAAAAUCUGUAUUUUAAAAAUUCACAUUGCUUAAAAACCAAUGAAGUAAAUGAACAAAAUCCAAUGAAACAAUACACUUGGACUUUAAAAAGACAUUUAUAUUAUCAAUUAUUUAAACCAUUGUGCUUUAAUUUUAAAUGUAUAAUGUACUUUAACACGUGAUUCACACGCCUACAUAUUGAAGUAAUGAAGGUAUUGUAGCAUUGUUAAUCAAGUAUAUUUAGUAAUGAAUGAGUAUGCGGAAAUAACACAGGAAAGAGAG